AUGGCUCAUCUCCGAGCCGUGGCGCCGCUCUCCCGACUGGGACUGCGUGCCGCCGCUCAGCCAGCUGCAUCGCUGCGCUUCUCUGCGCCUUUUCAGGCGCAACGCGCAUUAGGGCAGCCUCAGUCCAGACUAUCGCUCGCACCAUUCGCCUAUCGACAAUACGCUGCCCUCUCGACCGCCCUCAACCUCCGACCUCGAUUGAACUCGCCCGCCCUUGGUCGCCUCUUUGGCACCUCAUCAAACGGCAUCACCAGGAACCAGCUCGCCACCGCCGAAGAGUCCGCCAACAGGAACCCUGGUAACGCUAAUGCGCAAAAUGUAUUCUACCAACUUUUGCUGCGCGCCAAUAUGCCUGGCAUCCUCGUCGAGCGCUACCAGUCCGGCCGGUUCGGCACCAAUGCCGCGACGGAUGACGCUUUCAGAAAGGCGCUAGCGGCUUUGAACGCUGGUACCAACACUGCUACUGGCGCUGCGUCGGGUGUGACCCUUGGACGUCUUGGAUACGACUCCGAGGCUGCCAUUGCCAACGCUGCUGCUGGUCAUGGUGGUCUCGGCAGCGCUACUGCUGGUGGCAAAGGUGAACCAAUUCACGUCGUGGUGCAAGAGAGAACGCGCAUGUUCAUCUUUCGCUGGGUUCGCUUCGUUUUGACCUUUGCUCUUGUUACCUACCUCUCGUUUGUCGCCGUCACUGUUGUCAUUGAGCAACUCAGCUCCUUCCGCCGCGCUGGUGGCAAGAUUGACUCCGAGGUCAAGGCCGAAAACCAAACCACUCGAUUCACAGAUGUUCACGGGUGCGAAGAGGCCAAGGAAGAAUUGCAGGAGGUUGUCGAGUUUCUCAAGAACCCUGAAAAGUUCUCCGAUCUCGGUGCCAAACUUCCCAAGGGCGUUCUUCUUGUCGGCCCGCCCGGUACUGGCAAGACCCUUCUCGCCAGAGCUGUGGCCGGCGAAGCUGGUGUGCCAUUCUUUUACAUGUCUGGAUCCGAGUUUGACGAAGUCUACGUCGGUGUCGGUGCUAAACGCGUUCGCGAGCUCUUUUCCGCCGCCAAGUCCAAGUCUCCUGCUAUUGUCUUCAUUGAUGAGCUGGAUGCGAUUGGCGGAAAGCGUAAUCCUCGCGACCAGGCCCACUCCAAGCAGACUCUGAACCAGCUCCUUACUGAAUUGGAUGGAUUCGAUCAAGAUACCAAGAUUAUCAUCAUGGCCGCUACCAACUUGCCCAAGCUUCUCGACAAAGCGCUGACCCGACCAGGUCGAUUCGAUCGUCACAUUGAGGUUGGCCUUCCCGACGUCCGCGGGCGUAUUGCCAUUUUGGAGCACCACGCGAAAAAAGUGAAGCUGUCGCCAGAUGUCGAUCUCAAGGCAGUUGCUGCUCGCUCUCCGGGCCGCUCUGGUGCCGAGCUGGAGAACAUGCUCAACUUUGCCGCGCUUCAUGCCAGUCGCGCCAAAGCCAGCAUCAUCUCCAGAGCCGAUCUCGAGUGGGCUUUCGAUCGUGUAAGUAUGGGUGCUGAUAAGAAGUCGAUGGUCAUUUCGGAAAAGGAAAAGGAAAUGACUGCCUAUCACGAGGCUGGUCACGCUAUUGUGCAACUAUUCGAAAAGGACAGCGACACCAAGCUGUACAAGGUGACGAUUCUACCCAAGGGUGGAACGCUGGGCCACACCGCGCAUGUCCCGACCAUGGACAAGUACUCUACCACGGCCGCCGAGUACACUGCCCACAUUCGCAUGCUUCUCGGUGGCAAGAUGGCUGAAGAGAUGCGCUUUGGUGAUGACAAGGUCACCUCGGGAGUUUCUAACGACUUGGCCCGCGCUACAGAUUUGGGUUUCAUGAUGGUCGCGCAGUUUGGCAUGUCGGAUACCCUCGGCCCCAUGGAGUACGGACGCCGCUACGAGAAUCUAAGUUCGGAAACCAGAGCCAUGAUCGAGGGGGAGGUGCAGAAGAGUUUGAAGAAGUCGUACGAAGAUGUACGGAAGCUUUUGACGGACAAGCGCAAAGAGCUGGAUCUUUUAGCCCAAGCGCUGGUCAAGUACGAGACGCUGGACAAGGAAGAGGUGGAGCUGGUCAUUCGUGGUGAGCCUCUGCCCGGUAAGCCAGUGCUUGCCCGCGGGCCCAUGGUGAUACCCGUUCCAACCGAGCCAAGCACCCCUCCUGGGCUGGGCGAUGUGUCUCAACCCGAAUCUGAAUCACCGGCUCCUCCGGCUGCUGCAGACUGA